AUGCUGGCCAAUGUUGGAUAUUUAUUCAAACUCGCAGAUAGGUCAAUAAAUGUAAUUCAUGGCAAAGACUGCAUAAAGUAACUUUUACUCAGGCUUCUCCAAGGUCUCUGCACAAAUGACAUCGAUAAAUUCGUGAGCAGUCCUCAAUGGGGAAUGAACUCUUUAUUUUUAGACCCAAAAGGAAGGAUUCAGUGCCACGCAAUUAUAGUAAAAGCUCCUUCAUUUGUAGAUUACGAUCCUGCGUUUUUUAUAGAUACACAUAUAAAUCAAUCGUCAAUUCUUAUGGCUUAUAUCAAGCAACAUGCAUUUAGAAAAGACGUGAAAGUAGACAAUCUUGAUGAACUCAUGAGUGUAUAUGCAACUGCAUCACCUGUGUCAAUCCCAGAAGAGCCUGAAGGGGCAAGGCAAUUUUUUGAUGAAAUAGGAGAGCCUCCUAAAAUUGACGAAGACUUAGGGAGAAUGCUUUAUGGUUAUACAUGCUUUGUUGAUCCAAGAUGCAAGCUAUUAGGAACUAGAACGAUUACUGAGCAGGAUUGCCUAGAAAUUGAAGAAGAUAGUGGAAUCGUGGAGAAAGGGUCUGAGCAUUAUAGGUAUUUAAGGAUCUUAUUAGGCAUUCCUGAAGGUCCGCCAAUUUGCAAUGAAAUUCCGCAGAUGCUAAAUUUUGAUCUUUUAAAUACGAUAAGCUACAAUAAAGGCUGCUAUGUUGGCCAAGAACUGAUGGCAAGAGUCCACACUCAAGGCGUCGUAAGAACAAGAACUUAUCCAUUUUUGAUUACAGAUAAGCUUGAAGGCUUAACUGAUGCUGUUCAUCCUCCAGUUGAAUUUGUUGACGAAGCUUGUGACUUAAAUUUAUCAGGAAAAAGAAUUGUUAACGAUAAAGGAGAAGUUGUAGGUGAAAUUUUUGAGGCAGUGAAAAAUAUUGGAUUGCUGAAAAUAAGAGGCGGAUUAAAGCAAAAUAUAUAUAAAACAGAAAAUGAUAUCAAGCUACUUGUUUGGAAGCCUUACUGGUGCAAUGAGACUAGUUCAAGUACAACGAUUGAAUAA